AACCUGGUUACCCUCUGAGCCAGUGGGCUUCACUUCCUGGUGUGAAAAGAAGUGGCUGCCCAGGACCAGUGCAUGGGAUGGCGCUCUCCUUACACUGAGGGAAUCGAGGUAUGCCCAGAGCCUGCUUAUCUAUCAGGGAAGGCAAGGGAGAAGAUGGAGUCAGAGCCCCUUUACAACCUGCUGCAGCUCCCGAAGGAGGUGGAUCCGCCCACAGAGGAGGAGCUCCCAAGAGGAGGAAAGAAAAAAUACCUGUCCCCCAGUUCCCGGAGGGACCCCAAGUUUGAAGAACUGCAGAAGGUGCUGAUGGAGUGGAUCAAUGCCACGCUCCUCCCGGAGCACAUCGUGGUCCGCAGCCUGGAGGAGGACAUGUUUGAUGGACUCAUUUUGCACCACCUGUUCCAGAAGCUGGCAGCCCUCAAACUGGAAGUGGAGGAAAUCUCCCUGACCUCUGCCAGCCAGAGGCGCAAGUUAGGAGUCAUCUUGGAGGCCGCCAACCAGAGUCUGCAGGUUGAAGAGCAACAGGCCAAGUGGAGCGUGGAGACCAUCUUCAACAAGGACCUGCUGGCCACCUUGCAUCUCCUGGUGGCCCUGGCCAAACGCUUCCAGCCGGACCUGCCCCUUCCAGACAAUGUCCAGGUGGAAGUCAUCCACAUUGAGAGCACUAAGACUGGCCUGAAAUCUGACAAGCUGGUGGAGCAGCUCACAGAACGCCGCUCACACAAGGACCAGCCUUCACACGACGCCUUUGAUGAAUUAUUUAAAUUGGCUCCGGAGAAAGUGCACGCCGUCAAAGAGGCCAUUGUGAGCUUUGUCAACGAGAAGUUGGAGCGCCUGGGUCUAUCUGUGCAGAGUCUGGACACCCAGUUUGCAGACGGCGUCAUCCUCCUGCUGCUGAUCGGACAGCUGGAAGGCUUCUUCUUGCAUCUGAAAGAAUUCUAUCUCACUCCCAGCUCUCCCACGGAAAUGCUGCACAAUGUCACUCUAGCCCUGGAGCUGCUGAAGGAUGAAGGUCUGCUUAGCCACCCUGUCAAGGCUGAAGAUAUUGUGAACAAGGAUGCCAAGAGCACACUGAGGAUACUCUACAGCCUGUUUCAGAAGCAUGGGCUGAGGGCAGAGGGCAACAGGGCGCCCUAUGGUACUCCAAACUAGUCACCUCUGCCUCCCCAAGCCAUGUCUCAGGACCUGUCACUCCUGGAGGACCCAGCAGUCCCAGCUCCUCCCAUCCCAGCCUUGGUACUGUGUGGGUUGAUGAUGCACUUCCCUCCCACACCCGUCCUGCUUACACGUACACGUGGGCUGAUACCUUUGACCCCACUGGAUGGGGAUCUGUUCUGAGCUCACCUCUGCUUUGCUCGAUGUAUUUUAACAGCUGUAUGAAUUGAAUUUCUGCUGAGGAGGGUACUCUGGGUGCCUGUGGAGUUCUGGGUGAGCCUUUAACUGUGGUGGAAAGACUUUGGUUCCCAGGCUAGACCAGCCCUCGACAGCUCCCAGUUUGUCUACUAAAGCUAUACCUGGACAGUUAGUGGCUGUCCAGUCUCCCACAAAGCUGACUUUCCCCAGCCAGAGGCUCAGUACAUGCUGUCCCUGACUGUCUACCUCCCACUUUGCCCAGGGUCUUCACCCAAAGACUGGAGCCCUAUGAGGGAGAAGUGAAUUCAGUUUCUUGUCAAAAGUCCUUGACCAGGCUAUCCCAACAGUUGCAGUCCUGAGCUCUGCCCCUAGCCCCAGGGAAGAGAGCCUGGAGUUGGUACCUUGGUUCAGGCUCUCUCUGAUCAUCUUUGGGGAGCCAUGGGCAUUCUGUCUUAUGAGACUUCAUGUCUCCUGCAGAGAAAAACAGCUUCAGGAACUGAGCUGGGUCCAUUUGGGCUGGAGGAGAAGCUAUUGGGGGGAAAUGCCGUGCAUGGGGUGCAGGCUUGCAAACACAUAGGGUGCAGGAAUGUGAGGAGGCCAGUCCAGCUGUCACUCCUCCUGACUUCCCCUGCCUGCCCAGCUCCAGGUCUUCUAGGUUUGGGGUGGUAUAGUAGAACAGCUUUACUUUUGGGGGACUUUGGAGCAGAGUCCGCACAGGACAGGACACCCUCCCAGGACAGUGGGUGGAGCUAGGAGGAACUGGCGGCACUGAUUUCUGGUGUGAGCGGUCUAGAGGCUCUUCCCUCCACCCAGCCCCUGUCCCCUUGCCUGCUCUAACAGUGGUGGUCCCAUCAGACGUCUCCUCUGUCUUACUAUCUCUGUGACAUGGCCCUCUCCCAUAGCAGGGACAUCAUCACAGUAGCCAAUGCCUAGAUGCCUCUACCUCAGGUAACCCCUCCACUAAGGCCUUCCUCUAUGCCCCAUUUGUUCUCUCUGGAGCAUCCUGAGCCAUGGUGUCCAGAGACCACCCUCACCUCCUGGGCUCUUGAAUCCCUUUCUCCUUCUUCAUUGCCUGCUUGCCCACCUGGCCCCUCCAUGUCCUUACUUCCACAUCCCCACGCCCUGUCUAAUAGCAAAUUUAAAUCAUAAUGAUAGGGCUGGAGAGGUGGCUCAGAGGUUAAGAGCACUGGCUAUUCUUCCACAGGUCCUGAGUUCAAUUCCCAGCAACCAUAUGGUGGCUCACAACCAUCUGUAAUGAGAUCUGGAGCCCUCUUCUGACCUGCAGGCAUACAUGCAGACAGAACACUGUAUACAUAAUAAAUAAAUAAAUAAAUAUUUUAAAAAAUUAAAAAAAAUCAUAAUGAUAAU